AUGUUCCCUCCAGACGUGUGGAAUUCUACGGACGUGAUGUGGUUCAAUGCCUCUGAGUUGAAUGCUUCUCUGGAGGACCCGGAGGUGGGGGACCACCCGUUCCUGACGGACGCCUGGCUGGUGCCUCUCUUCUUCGCCCUCAUCAUGCUGGUGGGGCUAAUUGGGAACUCGCUGGUCAUCUAUGUCAUCUCCAAACACAGGCAGAUGAGGACGGCCACCAACUUCUACAUAGCUAACCUGGCUGCCACAGACAUCAUCUUCCUGGUGUGUUGUGUCCCGUUCACAGCCACUCUCUACCCGCUCCCUGGAUGGAUAUUUGGUAACUUCAUGUGUAAAUUUGUUGCUUUUCUUCAGCAGGUGACUGUUCAGGCUACAUGCAUCACCCUCACUGCCAUUAGUGGGGAUCGCUGCUAUGUCACAGUGUACCCUCUAAAGUCCCUACGCCAUCGCACUCCACGAGUCGCCAUGAUCGUUAGCAUCUGUAUAUGGAUCGGUUCCUUCAUUCUAUCCACCCCGAUCUUCAUGUACCAGAGGAUUGAGGAGGGCUACUGGUAUGGACCGAGACACUACUGCAUGGAGAGGUUUCCCUCUAAGACCCUGGAGAUGGCUUUCAUCCUGUACCAGUUCAUAGCUGCCUACCUACUACCUGUCAUUACCAUCUCCUUCUGCUACACAGUCAUUCUGAAGAGGGUGGGCCAGCCGUCAGUUGAGCCAGUAGACAAUAAUUACCAGGUCCACCUGUUGUCUGAGAGGACCGUCACUCUGAGGAGUAAGAUCUCCAAGAUGGUGGUGGUGAUUGUCCUCCUUUUCACCAUCUGCUGGGGGCCUAUCCAGCUCUUCGCCCUGUUCCAGUCCUUCUACCCCAACUACAGGGUCAACUACGCCACCUAUAAGAUCAAGACCUGGGCUAACUGCAUGUCCUACGCUAACUCCUCCAUCAACCCAAUCGUUUAUGGCUUCAUGGGAGACAGUUUCCGCAAGUCCUUCAAAAAGACUUUCCACUUCCUGUUCAAACACAAAGUGAGAGACAGCAGUGUCACGUCACGCACGGCUAAUGCAGAAAUCAAGUUAGUUGCUGCAGAUGAAGGCAAUGACGAAGGGAAAUGA